AUGAGCGCCGACAGCAAGCCCUUACCCUCCUCGUCCGCCCAGGGCGUCGAUCCCGAGAAAGCCUCCGUGGACCACGCGGAGAACCCGAACACGGAUGGCACGUACCACCAGUCGAAGCUACCUCCCCGCAUCUGGUACAAGGCGCUGGUGACGAAGCUCAGCCCUGAGCAUUCUGCUGCUGUGCAUGCAGACGCAGACCAGGUCGUGUAUACGGAGGUCGAGGAGAAGAAAGUGCGAAGGAAGAUCGACAAGGUCGUACUUCCUCUCAUCGUCUGUUCAUACAUCUUCAACCAAUUCGAUCGUACGAACAUUGGAAACGCUCAUGUCCUCACGGCUUUCAAUGAGAACUUCGGAAUCACGACAAACGCGCGAUGGACGCUGGCGUUAAGUAUCUUCUAUGUCGGUUAUUGUCUAUUAGAGAUGCCCGCGAAUGUCUUGCAGCGUGCCAUCGGCGCGAACCGCUUCUUCUUCCUCUCCCUUGGCUUUUGGGGAUUGGCUUCGCUCUCUUUCGUCUACUCGAAGGGCUAUGGCGGUUUGCUCGCACUGCGUGUUCUGCUUGGGAUCGGUGAAGCGGGCUACUACGCUGGGAUGAUCUACUAUCUGUCGUUCUGGUAUACCAAGCGCGAACUUGCGUUCAGGAUCAGCUUGUGCAUGACUGGCACUCUCCCUGGAGCAAUCGGUGGUCUUCUUGCGUUCGGUCUCGUUCGUGCACACACGUCUGUCUUGACUGGAUGGCAGUUCCUCUUCCUCAUCGAAGCCAUCCCGGACCUUUGCAUGGCCUUCAUCCUCUUGUUCUUCCUCCCCGCUUUCCCCUUCACAGCGACAUUCCUUACUCCGCGUGAGAAGGCCAUCGCUCAGGCUCGCCUUCAACGCGAGCACCGCCCUACAUCGCAUGGCGGCAUGACCGGUUGGCAGGGUUUCAAGGCUGUCGUCCAUGAUUUGAACGCGUGGCUCUUCGUGGUCAUCUACACGAGCUUCAACGUCGGCGUAGCCACCAUAACCUACUUCCUGCCAACUCUCAUCAAGCAGUUCGGUUUCAGCCCGAUAAAUUCCCAGGGUCUGACUGUCGCGCCCUACGUGGUUGGCUGGUUCUUCGUCGUCGGCCAAGCAUUCCACAGCGAUCGCACACACGAUAGAGGAUGGCACGUCGCCUUUUCUGCCACGGUCGCGUUCAUCGGAUACCUGAUCCUCGCGACCUGUGCUGAAGCGUCCACUGGCGCGUCUUACUUCGCGAUCUUCCUCGUGAUCGGUGGCCUCUUCAGCAUGUUCCCACUCGUCAUGAGCUGGGCUGCUGCGAACUUCUCGCCGACUUCGAAGCGUGGUGUCGGAACGGCCUUCGUGGUCUCUAUCUCCAACUGCGUGUCAAUAGCGUCGCCACAAAUAUACUUCGACGACGACGACAACUACCGCAAAGGCCACGGUAUCGCAUGCGGAAUGCUCUUCCUGUGCAUCCUCGCGACUAUUACGCUGCGCACGCGUUUGGCACUCCUGAACCGCCGUAACCGUGCUAUGAUGCAGAGUUUGGAGAGUCAAGGGAAGUUGCCUGAGGUGAGGGAGGAUGAGGAGAUUACAGACUUAGACCCGAGAUGGGUGUACAUGACUUGA